AAAUGGCAGUAUUGAAUGUUCAGUGACCCUCCUAGGAACUGGUGAGUGAAGGGGGAAAAAAACCAAAUACAUUUAAGGAACCUUUUGAGGAAUUUGCAUCAAAUGUUCAUCAGUGCCUAACCAAAGGAGAAAAGACUCAGCCAAUAAAACCUCGUGCCAUGCACAAUUUUUAUGAAACGGGCGUCUGCUUAUAGCAAAGAUCAGAAAGGAAUCUGUCGAAGGCGAACACAGGAUCCAACUGAAGUUUUUGGUGAAGUUUGCGCAUUUUCAGCUGCUGCAAAAGAAAAAUUCAAAAUAUCGCUCUUGAUUAAAAGAAACUUGCUUCUGAAGUCGGCGAAGAGGCUCUUUUUUUUUGGGAGGUGGGGCAUCCCAAAAAGACAACCCCUUUUGGGAAAACCUCAAAUUUACUUGAGAAAAAAACUGAGAAUUAAGAAGCCAAAGGAUGGAGACCAAUGUGCCGGCCGCAGAGGAAGCUCGGGGGGAGACGGAGCCCACUGAAUCUGCCCCCCCUGAGCCCACGGAGGCCGGCCUGGGUGGCCAGGAGGUGGUUGCUUCUGCUCUCCCUGCAGGGGCUGCCAAAGAGACCCCAGCCCACCUCGUCCAGGAUGGUGCCCAAAGCGUCCCACAGAAAGACGAUGGCCGGGUUUCCCCUGUAGAAGCAGCUGAAGGGGGGCGAAAGGAGGGACCCCCGUCCCCGAGUGAGGAGGCCUCCCCUCUGCCAGCCCCUCCGGUGCCCACCAGCUGCAGCCCAGCUGAGGAUGCCCCCAAGCCAUGUCCGUCUCCAGCCAGCCAGCCCAAGGCGCCGGACUUCUACUGCGUGAAAUGGAUCACCUGGAAGGGCGAGAGGACACCGGUCAUCAUGCAGAGCGAAAACGGCCCCUGCCCGCUGCUGGCCAUCAUGAACAUCCUUUUUCUGCAGUGGAAGGUGAAGCUGCCUGCCCAGAAGGAAGUGGUCACCUCGGACGAGCUGAUGGCUUAUCUCGGGGACUGCCUCCUGUCCAUCAAGCCCCAGGACCAAGCGGAGGCCGUCCAGCUCAACUUCCAGCAGAACGUCAAUGACGCCAUGACGGUCCUUUCCAAGCUGUCCACGGGGCUGGACGUCAACGUGAGGUUCACGGGGGUCUCGGACUUCGAAUACACCCCCGAGUGCAUCGUUUUCGACCUCCUGAACGUCCCCCUUUAUCACGGCUGGCUGGUGGAUCCCCAGAUUCCCGAGGUGGCCGGAGCCGUCAGCAAACUGAGCUACAACCAGCUGGUGGAAAAAAUUAUCACUUGUAAACACUCUAGUGACCCAAACUUGGUGACGGCAGGCCUAAUUGCAGAACAAUUUUUGGAGUCCACAGCAUCGCAGCUCACCUACCACGGUCUCUGCGAACUGACCUCCACCGUCAAGGAAGGCGAACUGAGCGCUUUCUUCCGAAACAACCACUUCAGUGCCAUGAUCAAGCACAAGAGCCACCUCUACCUGCUGGUGACCGACCAGGGCUUCCUGAACGAAGACCAGGUCACCUGGGAGAGCCUCCACAACGUGGAUGGGGACAGCUGCUUCUGCGACGCCCAUUUCCGCCUGAGCCACACGCUGGGCAAGGAGGCAGCCGGGGGCUCCCCGGUGGACCAGAGGCAGGUGGACCAGGUAUGCCAGGGGCAGGGAAGGGCACCUGCGUAUCGUCUUCCCCG